AUGAAAAUGGACGGGGACUACAAGAGUGAAGAUUCGAAUGUGCCCCCACUCGUACCAAAGAUGGGCGUGAAUAAGUUACCAUUGAAGGGAAGUGACAAGGACAAGAAGAAUAGAAAGGAUAAAACUGGAAAGAAGGAAAAGAUAGGAAAGAAAGAAAAGGAGAAAACAAAAUCCAAGACGGCUAGUCAGGAAAUGACCAGUGAAAAUGUGGACAUGUGCAAUUCACAGCGUGAAAGUAUGACCGAGGGGAAUUGUAAAUUCAUCACUAAUGACGAAUCUAAAAUAUCGAAUGAACAGAAUAAAAGUGCCAACAUGGAUAGUAGCUAUGCAUACGGGUAUAAUACCUGUGCAACAUCGUCUACUAAUAUUAACGAAAGAAACAGAGAAAAUUCACCUGUGCACGAAAUUACGGAUGGUAAAAACAUUUUUAUAAACCCAGCGGUGUGUAACGUGGAAGGAAUAAAGGGGGUAACACCUUUCAGUGAAGCCUUUAUGAUACCCAACAUGAAUAAAAUAAUGGAACCUCCCGGUUAUGCACUUUUAAAUAAUUCCCAUGGGGCAAGGGGUAACUGCCCGGAUGACAUAGCUGAGGGAACGAAUAUUAGUAGCAUUAUAAGCGACCGGUAUAGUGGAGGGUUAAACUGGAUGAGCAGUGCAAAAAUUCCGGGUGAUAGUUAUAAGUACGAUGAAUGUGGCGGUGUCUACAAUGGUACAGGCUCCGCUGAUCCCAGUUUUAAUCGGGUAAACGGUGUGAACAGCAUGCACAAUUUGAAGAGCGUUAACUCUCCAAAUAAACACCCACAGAGUGGAUGGAACUCCUGCUCGGGGAGUGUUUACGAAGAUGUAAGUAGAACCAGCAGCAAAGUGAAAUCUUCCCCGUGGAAAGGUAUAGCCCAUAGGAGCAGUACUAAUAAUAUGGACGAUUUGAGGAUUGGGGAGGAGAGUAACAAUGUGAAUAGUGCACCCAUGAAAAGUGGUAGCUCGAAGAAGAAGACGAAAAGUAUAAACGAUUUAGAAAAUAGAGAAGUCGCCAUAGAACCUGAAAAUCUAUUUGCAAAUUUGAAAAGAUUAAAUGUCGAAGAAAUGGGAAAGGACCAUCAUUUGGUUAGGGAGAAAAAUCCUAUGGGAUCAUUUCCUUAUGAAAAUUUUCCCUUUAAUGAUGCUAUGUCUAAUUUUAUGGGUAGGGGGAAUGAUCAUAACGGUAAAUCUUUCUCCUACAAUUGUGGCACUAGUACUCCCGUGAGCACGACCCUGACUCCUAUAAUGACAGGCACGAAUAAUUCUUCCAAUGGUAAUCAUAGCAGAAUGAAGAAUAAUGCAGGCAUUACUCAACCAGGAUGUAUUGCUACACCCCUGGUAGGUGAUUUCCACCUUGCAGACGCUAUGAGCAAUAACACAAAUUAUGAGGAUUACACGAAAAUGUCUUCAAGCGUGAAAAGUCACGCAACGAGCGAUUUUAAAAAGUAUAUGCCAACCCCGAUAAGUAGCAAUGGGAAGGGAAAUUUUUACACUCCAUUUUUGAGUAAUGAUAACCAUCGUGGAAUGAUUUUUAAUGGGGACGAUUUGGAAUGUGCGUCUAAUUAUAUGCCCAAGGAGAAUGUAGAGGAGGGCCCAGACAGUAGCGGAGUGUAUAUGAACGUUGGUAGCGACAGCGGUGUAAUUGAUGGAAAGAAUUUUAAGGGAAAGAAUUUAAUCAAAGACCAAAUUUUGAAUUAUGCUGGGCAUGCACAAAAUGCUAAUCAUGUACAGCAUGGUAGUCAUGCCGUUAAAUCGAAUCGCUUGAGUUAUAACCAGAGUGCUUUGAAUACGUUCAAUCUGCCGCACCCGAUGGAGGGACAAGAUAAGUCCAUAAAAAAAAAACAGAGUGAAGAUUUAAAAUUCAUUAAGACAGACCAUUCCUUCCUUCGCAAUGGUGAUAACCUUUUUGGAGGAAAUUUGGGUGAUGAGGUUCCCCAAUUAGUGAAUAAGAAUUUUGAAGGCACAAAUGAGCGCGUAGAGGAGUGUGUGCAAAGUGUAAAGCGUGGAUAUAUGCCCACUGAGAGAAGUAUAUGCACGGCAAAUAAUGCUGUUAGUGAGAACAAGAAUAGAGGGGAAGGGGGUGAUAAGUUCGACGAGAAUGGCCAUUACAUUGAUAAUAAAAAUGGGGGUGAUUUGAGUCGACCUUGUGCAAAUGGAGUUAAUGAUCCGUUUAACUUCGAAAGUGAGGUGCAUAAAAACUGCGAAAACGUUGUCGGGCCUUAUAAUUACGAUGACGAUAUGAACCUAAAUUUUGAUGACCGCCUGCACCUUAGCUAUGAUUACGAUCUGUUCAAUAAAAACGAGGUGCACCUUAACUUGAAGCAUCUGAACGAUCAUUUCAAUAUGAAGGAUGGUGACAUUGGAAAUGCGAGUUAUUUAGAAAAGAGGUCCGAUUUUGAUGGUAAUUUCGCGAAGCUACAGAAGGAUUUAGAUUUUUCUGUCAACCUAAGCAACAUGAGUAGAAAUAUGUCUUUCCUAAAUUUUGAGGAAUCAGAAGAAAAGGACUGGAAGUACGAACAGAUGAAUGAAAUAUAUUCCCCUAAGGGGAAUGGUAACUUAGGUAGCGAUGGUCAGCACACAUUUUCUGGGAAAGGCGCAAAGGGAAGCUCUUUUCAUUUAAAACAUGGUAGCAGCAGCGGAGGUUACAACCUGGGUGGAGACAGAAACUUUGGCCUUAGCGCUUGUAGUAGCGUUUUUCCAAACGCCAUUUAUAGUGAACCGAGAAUUUUUGACGAGAAGUCAAGUAUUGCCACAGCCAUUCAGAGUACACAUCAGUGCAAUGAUGGUGUGAAGAAAAAUGUAAAUAAUAAUAAUAUGCUCUUUGUGAAUAGCAAUAAUUCGAUUAUAAAUUCGGGGAAUGCACAUUUGGAGAAAGUGGAAAAAUGUGCAAAUGAGGAAAGCACACGAGGAAGAAAUAACGACACCAUUAAUAGCAACAUAAUAUGCGAGGAAAAUAAUAUAUGUAAUAAUGACCACACAGAGAUGGAUGGCAACCAUUUGGGGCUGAACCAUAAGGAUCAUUCACUUGAGCAUAGUACCACCAACUUAGGAAGCAACAAGAACUUAAUACAGAGCGUUCGUAUGAAUGCGACUUGUGCUAGCGUGAGUGAAAGCAUCCCUGUAUGUAGCAAAAGGGAAGAUGCAAACAGAGGAAAUGACGUGGAUGAUGAAUAUAGUUCUGCUUUGCAUAGCGGCGGAGAGCACAUGGGAAUGAAUCCUUCCCAUGGUAGUUAUUCCAACGCGAUGGCGAAAGGAGGCGGAGAUUUGGUAGGCACGAAAUUCUGUACAGUACAUUCCUGUAGUCUAAGCGGAAAGGGUAGCAUGAACAAGAAUGUGAUCGCUGAUAGCACCUUGGAAGACAGCGCUAAAAGGGGGGAUAGCAAUGCAAAGAGUAAUGAAGAGAGCAAUCCGAAUGUCCAUAUUAGCGGUGAUGGUACAGGCGAGUCUGUACAGGGGAAUUGUGGGAAGAAUUUCAACAAAGGUAAUAGUAACAAGAACAUCGCCAAAGAGGUUGGAAUGGUGGAAAACAGUCAGCCAAGGGAAAACGAAACGGAUCCGAAGAGCAUAUCAAAAAUUAACACAAAUGAUCAUGGCAUCAGCAUAAACAGCAUCGAAAAUGUGCAACUGAAGAAUGUCAGUAAUUUUAGCAACGAGAGCACGAAUAGCACGAACAGCAACUUGGGCCUUGGAAGGGGCGGCGGCAAGGGGAGCAGGAACAGCAGUAAGAACAGCAACAGCGGGAGCAGCCAAACGAGUGGAACCCGUAGAAACGGCCCCAUGAAUAGUAUUGGCGGAAACGAAAACAGUACGAAUCACGUCAAGCGGGAGAUGAACAAAAAUGACUAUCAAAACAACGGUGUAGUAAACACAGAGUAUAGGAAGAAUUUUAUCUUGCCACAGUAUAACUCAGUACCGUUAAAUUAUGAGAACAUGAAAAAUGACAAUUAUUGGUUGAAAAACGAAAUGGUAAAAAAUGACAAGUCUAAAAGUAGUGCCUUGUUAAAUUGCGGUUCUACAAAUUUGACUAGUACCAAUUCGAAUGGCCGCACAAAUAAGGUCUUUAUGAAUAGUAUAUUUAACGUGAAUGGAAAGGACAAAAGCCAUGUGAGGAAAUAUUUCCAAUCGUGGCUGAAUGACCGUAAUAGAAAUUUCAGCAAUAGUAAAUAUGACAAGAACAAUUUAAUGGGGAGUCGAAACAGCUUGGAUUCAUACGGAAGGGGAAGUAACCUGAGCAGCGCGAACGCCAUGAAUUUGGAUCGCACUUUUUUGAAUCCGUCUAAUUGUAGAAACCGUGUGCAUCGUGCGAGUAACGAGAAGAAGGAGUCAUUCCAACGAACUACUAAGAACAGGAUAGAUAAUGCCCGAAGGAUAAAUUUGUUGACAGCUGAAAAGGGCAAAAAAUAUAUGGGCAGUAGUCCCCUUUUCAGCUUUAACAAACAAAAUGUAACAAGUGGUGGCUACCCUGUAAGGGAUGAUAACAUCGGGGCCAUUAAAGGUAGUAUGAGUAGAAAAGCGAAAGAUGAUAUGUUUCAUCUGAACGGUAAGGUAGGCAAUUUUGGUGCGAAUAACAAAUCAGGAAUGUACCACCGUCGAAUGGAUGCAGGCGAAAGUGUACAUAGCUAUAUGAAUGAUCAAAAUGCCUAUUCUGAUGUGAAGAAGGUGCAAAAUCGCAUUUAUAAAAAUGGGACGAACGUUGAAGAAAACCUUGUUGAUCAGAUGAAUGACCCUAAUGGCAGAUGCUUCUAUGGAAGAAUAAGAAACCUUCACGGGGAUAGCAAAAUGAGUAGUGUGAAUCUCAUCGGAAAGAAUGAUAAUAUGUUUAGAAAUUUUGAGGAUGAUAUAUAUAAGGUGAAUCAUAUGCAGGAGGGAGAACUGAAGUACGGGCCCUUGGGCGGUGCACUACGCAAUGGAUCUAGCAUCGGGGUGAGCCCUAUGAACUUCUCCAAGAAGAACGCUAACAUGUGCGAUAACCUAGUGGAGAGCGAUCACUUGAAUAACUUAACAGAAAGUAUGAGCCGAUUCGAAAACGACGUCGAUUUUAUACUGGACGAAAAUGAAGACUUGGAGGGCCAUUCGAAAGGAACUAUGAAAAAUGACAAAAUUACGGAACUGCAAAACAUAAUAAACAGUCUGAGGUUUAAGAACAAGCAACUGGAAAAGGAACUGACGGAGGUGAAAAAUAUGCAACUGAAAAAAAAGCAAAAUUUAAUAUUAAGUAGCCUAUGUAAUAGAAGUGAUGACAUUAGUAGCUACUCAACUUUUAAGGACGACACGAAUAACUCCGAUUGUGCUAGUGUAGACAAUUCGAACAGGUACGUUCAGAACAUUUUAAAUGAUAAAGAGAAGUACAAUUACGAUACGAAGAUUUCCAUACAGAAGUUUCAUUUGGCCUAUACAAAUAAUUCCAUGGGAAAAUUGAAAAUAGCCGCGCAGAGAGAUAUUAGUGGGUCCUUCAUGGGUCCAAAGGGCAUACAUGUAAAAACGAUUAAAUCCUCUCUUCACAUUUCAGUGUACAAAAGUGCAAAGGAUGUUUGGUUUCCAGGAUUUGCUGACAGCCAUGUGUUUUUAUUAAAAGGAAAUAUUUUUGGUAUUUUAAGAGCAUGUCAAUUGCUGUACCAUUAUGUAAAGUCCAAAAUGUCAUCUUCCAAAUGCUGCAUAUAUUUGGUCGCUCCAUUUGAGUGUGUGCAGAAGUUACUGGCCGACGGUUGCAAGCGAAUGGCGAUAAUUAAGGAGGAAUGCGGGGCAGACGUUCGAUUGGGCAAUUUGUACGUACAGGUGCAUGAGGGCUUUACAGAGCGUUUAAUGGAGAUUCGCGGAAAUGAGGUGAAUGUAGACUGCGCUUUGGAGAAACUGGUAAUUUUUAUGCAGUCCUGCUUUUCCGUACAAUCCUACGAUUAUGAAUUGCUCAAGUAUCCCUGUCGCUCCGUGCUGAAUUUGCAGUGA